ACUUAUUUUGAGCACUUGGCCAUGGCGUUCAGCGGCGCCCAGAUGCUCGCUGCCUUCACCAUGGGCUUUCUUCUCAUGGCCUUAUGUGUGGAGGCUCGGGUAUGCAUGUCCCCUAGCAAGUCGUACAAAAGGAGCCCUUGCAAGAACGUGCGCUGCACCGCGGCCUGUCACAAAGAACACUUCAAGGGUGGGUACUGCUCCAGUAAGAAGUCAAUUGUUGGCGAUGACCACAACGAAGACAACGAGGAGAACUUCUAUAAGAAACGUCCUAAGAAAAAGACGUGCAUGUGUACACAUGAAUGCGGUAAAGCCCCGCCACCACCGUCAGAACCUGAUGUGCCAGAGCCACCGGGUGAACCCGUGGUGCCGGAUCCUCAGAAGAAGCCGCCACCGCCAUAUGAACGUGACGUGCCGGAGCCGCCCUUGGGAGAACACAAGAAGAAGAAGCCGCCGCCAGCUGCGGACCAGUGAGCAAAUGGUCUAUUCCACCCGUCUGAGGAAAAUGAUUUUAAUAAGAGAGGAAUUAUUCAAUGCUUGACUUGUACUCAUGCAUAAAUGAUUGCGUGAGAAUAAUAAUAAUAAUCUGGGUACUGUUA